AUGGAAAUAGCUGAACACGAUGAGAGCAAAUGUUAUCCUGACACCGUUGCUACAGCUCACAUCACUGAUGACCCAGAGCAAGUUUACAAGGAGAAGGCACAGAAGAAACUUGAAAAUUUCCAGAUCCAUGUGAAAGAACGUUUCCGAGCAUUGAUUGCUCGUAGUGACCCCCUCUCACUUUCAUGGAUUAGACAACUCUUCAAAGUGUUCCUUUCAUGCCUGAAGGAAUUUAAGGAAUUGCUGGAUCAUAAUGGAAGGGACCUAAAGAGAGGUGUUAGGAAUCGUUUAAUCAGUCCAUGUGUGUUUAUAUGUUUGAGAUCUUUGGAAUUGCUGAAUGGGAUCCGGGAUGGACUUCUUUAUGUCGAAGAGUGGGGUGGGGAAGUGCUUAAAAUGUUGCUUCUACUGUGCACCCCCAAUGUUGGGAGGCCCCAGUUUGAUAAAGCAAGGAAUGCACUAAACAGAUUGAGUAUUUCAAUCCAGAAUGAAAAGGAGUCCAACUGGGCCCUUGCUGAUAGCAUGGAAGAGAAUGAGGGAAACCUGAAUUUGGAGCCUGCGAGAAGGUUUUCUUCUCGAGUUUCACGUAUGUGGUCAGCAUCUAUGCAAUUAAAAUUGCUUAGAACAAGUUUGUUCCUUCCAACAUUGGGAGAUAAUGCUGUCACAAAUGGGAUUGCAGAUUCAGCAUUUACAAUGGGAUGUGUGCAGUUCACUGUAUUGUUUUGCCUUGUGGCUGCAGUACCUUGCCAAGGCCGGCGCAUUGAUGCUUCAUUUUUCGAAGAGCAUAUGAGCCCAUAUAGGUGGUAUGAACCUCUCCAUUCGAUCUGGAAGAAGAUCUAUGAAGAGGCGAGGAAGGCAGAGAACUUGUACUGUUGUGGAUUGCUGAAUGAAGUGUGUCUGAUUGAGCAAUGUACCAGAGACCUAUCUAACCUGAUCAAUUCAGUUGAGUAUCCAUUAACGCAAGAAAACAGAGAGGAACGGGCUCAGGUCGUGAAGAAGCUAAGAAACAUUGAUGCAGCAUUGGAAGAUGGAUUGGAACCUCUUGAUGAAGAAUUGAAGGAUGGGUGGAGUAAGAUCGCUAGUUUCCGAAUAGAGGUUGAGAACUGGAAAAAUUGGCUUCAUGGUUGA